ACCUUAAAUCUUUUAAGCCAGAAAUUGUGAAAUCACUCGACAUUAUUAAUUCAGGAAUAUGACUAAUAUUUCCUAAAACCUCGUCAAUCAUGGAGUUUUUACUGCACUCAGAGAGUGACGACGAGGCCAAACCUUUUGUGACCACAGUGCCGAUAAAAGGAGAACCAGAACCAGAGUAUGAGACCGAGGAUCCUACCGGACCGAUAGCUUGCCGUCCAGACCUGUAUGAUGUACAUGUCAAGGUUGAACCGUUAGAAAAUUUAGACAUAGAAGUGGCAAAUCUAACAGAGGGAACUAUUAAGAAAGAAUCAAUUGCAAUUGUUGAUGCAGAAUUCGAAGCUACUGCAGAUAGUAAUAUUGUUACUAGCCAUGGUAGCCAGAUAGAAGUAUGUAUUACCAAGGAAUCAUGCUCAAGUCCAACUUUGGAGGAAUUUGUUAUUAACAAAGAUUUUCUUAAAUGCAGAAUCUGCCAGAAAAUAUUUGACAAUAAUUCAAGUCUUGCUAAGCACAUGCUUACUCAUGAUAUAGACAAAUCUACCACAAAGAAAACAAUAAAGCAAAGUAAAGAAAUUAUUACUUGUAAAAUUUGCCGCAUGCAGUUUACAAGUUCCCAUACUUAUUGUAAACACAGGCAAACACAUAUUGAGAAGCCAUUUAAAUGUGAAUUCUGUGAAAAGGCAUUUAACUCAAAAUAUUUACUAACAAAUCAUGAGCGAACCCAUACCGGGGAAAAACCUUUUACUUGUGAUCUUUGCGAUAAGAGGUUUACAGAAAAAGUAAAUCUAAAUAGACACAAAAGAAGUCACUCAGGAGCCAAGCCAUACCGCUGUAAUAUGUGCUCAAAAAGAUUCACUUGUAAACAGAAUUUAGAUGCACAUAUGAUAUGCUCACAUACAGAUGAAAAACAGUGGGAAUUUGAAUGCCAAUUUUGUAGUAAGCGGUGGCCUAAUAAAAGUGAAUUGAGAAGACACCUAAGAACCCACACUGGGGACAGACCCUAUUCAUGUGACAUUUGUAAAAAAAGUUUUAACCGCAAGUAUUAUUUAGUCCCCCAUAUACGAGCCCACAAUAAUGAGAGACCUUUUGCGUGCGAAAUUUGUAAUAAAAGGUUUGUGGAUAAACAAGAUUGCAAGAAGCAUUUAAAAAUCCACAUGACUAAAAAAAAUUAAUUAAUUUUAUGUUUUACGCAAUCAUGUCUACACAUAUUUUUGGUAAAUUUAAAUAGAUAGAU